AUGUUGGUUCUACUUGUUUUUCUUGCAUUCUUCGUCUCGACUCAAGCAGCGCUCACAGCAGGAGAGUUCGCUGCUCGACCGAUCUCGAAAGAAGCUCGUGAACUGACGGGUAAAGCGCUGGUAGACUAUGUAAACGAUAAUCAACCGUUUUUCAAGGCCGAAUAUUCAGCUGAAGUUGCUCAAAGGCGCCUGGGAAGUUUGAUGAGGAAGGAGUUCCUCAAGGAUCCCAUUCAAAAGAAAAUAAUAGCGAAUGCAGAAAAGCCGAUCAUAAACGACGGCAUUCCUGAGAGUUUCGAUGCACGAACAAAAUGGAAGGAAUGCCCAUCAAUUACGCAUAUUCGGGAUCAAUCCAACUGCGGAUCAUGCUGGGCUGUAUCAGCUGCAGAAACUAUGUCCGAUCGACUCUGUAUUCAUUCAAAUGGUACAAUAAAAAUGAACAUUAUGAAAAAUGGACCUGUUCAAGCUGCAUUUACUGUUUAUGAGGACUUUGCUUAUUACAAAAAAGGUGUCUAUGUGGUUAUUUCCGCAUUCUCCGUGGAGAGAACCACUGCGGCAUCGAAUCGCAAGUUUUUGCUGGAGAUUUCUGAAGGUGGAUAA